AAAAACAUGUCUGACGCUGUGAUCAAUGGGUUGGCUGGAGCUGGAGGAGGGAUCAUUGCUCAGCUCAUCACAUACCCACUUCAAACCGUAAACACUCGUCAACAAACCGAGCGUGAUCCGAAGAAAGGCAAGAAGAGUCAAGGGACCCUCGAGCAAAUGUGCCAGGUUGUAAAAGAAGAGGGGUGGGAACGGUUGUAUGGAGGCUUGAUGCCAUCGCUAGUGGGUACAGCUACGUCUCAGGGUGUUUACUAUUAUUUCUAUCAAAUAUUCAGGAACAAUGCUGAAGCUGCUGCACUAAAGCAGAAGAAGAUAGGCAUUGGUGAUGGAUCAGUCGGGAUUCUCGCCUCACUUCUUGUUGCUGCUUUAUCUGGGUGUGUUAACGUGCUCUUAACAAAUCCCAUAUGGUUAGUUGUUACUCGUAUGCAGACGCAGAGAAAAGAGUUAAACAGAACUCCACCAGAUCAGGGAUUGUUAGUUGUCACCGAGCAAACAAAUCUUUCUGCAGUUGAGCCUCUUCCUUAUGGAACUAGCCAUGUGAUUCAAGAAAUCUACAAUGAAGCUGGAAUUUGGGGUUUCUGGAAAGGUGUAUUACCAACAUUGAUCAUGGUAAGCAAUCCUUCCAUACAGUUCAUGCUGUAUGAAACCAUGUUAAAGAAGUUAAAAAGAAAACGUGCUUGGAGUAAGAAGGGUAGCAACGGGGCAACUGCUUCAGAGAUAUUUCUUCUUGGAGCUUUAGCUAAGCUUGGAGCUACUAUUGUAACUUAUCCACUCCUAGUUGUAAAGGCAAGGCUUCAAGCUCGACAGGAUGAAACUGGAGACAAGAGGCGCCAUUAUAAAGGUACAUGGGAUGCUAUUAUUAAGAUGAUGCACUAUGAAGGUUUUUAUGGAUUUUACAAAGGUAUGGGCACAAAAAUUGUACAAAGUGUGCUGGCUGCUGCUGUGUUGUUCAUGAUGAAGGAAGAACUAGUUAAGGGAAUUCAUUUCUUGCUUGCCAAGGAUGCUGCCAAUACUUGAAAGCCAAAGCAUCUAUGAUUGGAGACCACUAACUUGAGUUUUCUCUAGAUUGAGAUUUUAUGAACCAUCUUCAGUUAGCAAA